CUUUAAAGCAACAACUAGCAAAAGGAGAAAGAAAUCACUACUCAUUCGUGGCAAAAGUAACUUCAUCCUUUCAUUUUCCUUGUUAUCUUGAAGUGAGGUCCUUUGUUGUCUUCCAAGUCAUUAGUCACUUUAACCGAAAGUUCAAAACACCAACUCGGCACUUUAGGAUAGGUAAACUCAAAUUCACCAUGCAAUGAGAGAGUAACCAAACCUAACCAACAGUAAAAAUGUGAAAUGAAUAGUUACCGUUUCUUCAGCUAAAGAAAGACAAGAAAUAACCGUUGGAGAAAUAAAUAGGAGUGGCUUUUGGUUUUGGUUGGUUGGAUGCCAGGCUGACCUCUUCUUCUGGCCCCUUCUCUCUUCAGAAAAAAGAUGAUAAUCUCACACAUGGGUAUAUCUGUGAAGUGAACCUCUGGCCCACUCUCUCUCUCUCUCUCUCUAGUCUCUUCUUGGUCCAACCCAUUUUCCAAUGGCCCAAUUCUUUUUCUGUGUACCCAAAAUACCCCUGGCUUAUCCACAGUCCACACUCCACACCCUUCUUCUUCUGGCUUUCUAAUCCUCUGUUUUUUCCUUUAUAUAAAGCACCCGUUGUACCACUAGCUUUCCACUAACCUCUCUCUCAAAAAAUUCCAUUACUCUUUCAUCACUCUCUGGUUCAGUCUCCCAACUCAGGCAGCCAUGUCGAAGGAAGUGAGCGAGGAGCCGCAAGCGCACCACCAUGGCAAGGACUACGUCGACCCACCACCAGCACCAUUGUUGGACUUCGCCGAGAUCAAGCUCUGGUCUUUCUACAGAGCGCUCAUAGCCGAGUUCAUCGCCACCCUCCUCUUCCUCUACGUCACCGUCGCCACCGUGAUUGGGCACAAGAAGCAGACCGAUCCGUGUGGUGGAGUUGGGCUUUUGGGCAUCGCGUGGGCUUUCGGCGGCAUGAUCUUCAUCCUUGUCUACUGCACCGCCGGUAUCUCUGGUGGGCAUAUCAACCCAGCAGUUACAUUUGGGCUGUUCCUGGCGAGGAAAGUGUCCUUGAUUCGAGCUGUGUCUUACAUGGUGGCUCAGUGCUUGGGCGCCAUCUGCGGUGUUGGGCUGGUGAAGGCUUUCAUGAAGCAUCCUUACAACAGUCUCGGCGGUGGUGCGAACUCCAUUGCCCCUGGCUACAGCACUGGCACAGCUUUGGGGGCUGAGAUUAUUGGAACGUUUGUGCUUGUCUACACCGUCUUCUCCGCCACUGACCCCAAGAGAAGCGCCCGUGACUCCCACAUCCCUGUGUUGGCUCCUCUGCCUAUUGGGUUUGCAGUGUUCAUGGUUCACUUGGCGACCAUUCCUAUUACUGGAACUGGAAUCAACCCGGCUAGGAGCUUUGGCGCGGCUGUGAUCUUUAACAAUGAUAAGAUCUGGGAUGACCAUUGGGUGUUCUGGGUCGGACCAUUUGUUGGAGCACUAGCGGCAGCAGCAUACCACCAGUAUAUUUUGAGGGCGGCAGCCAUUAAAGCUUUGGGAUCUUUCCGCAGCAACCCUACCAACUAGAAGGAAGCAACAACCCCCAGCCCAAGCAGAGAGCUCCAUGAACAGAACUUUCCUCUCCAUUGUUGUUAAUUAUGUUUGAAUCCCCCCCCCCCCCCCCCCCCCCCCCCCCCCCCUUUUGUUUUGUCGUUGGUGUGUAUGUGAGAUAGUAAUUUUCCAUGGCUGAUGGUGAAUGAAGAUGAUUGUAUUUAUUAUUGAUGGUUUGAUGGAUGGAUGUAAUGAAAUGGGUUUGGAUGGAUGGACGAUCUUCUUUUGAAACUCUUAUCUCACCACUUCUCUCUACACAUCAUAAUCUGGUUAGGCAUUUGAUUUCACCUUGGCUUUUGUUCAUGAAGAAAAGGACUAUUAACUUUGAGCAUGAAAUCCCUUAAACACUGGAUCCAACAAACUCCCCAAGGCCCAAGUAGAGUAGUUACUGUGGUAAACGUUACAGUAGUUAGAAAGGACCAAGGAAAGAGAGAGAGAAGGUGGGAGGAGGACAGGGAUGAGGGAGCUCGGUUACCAUUGGUUUGGGCAGAAUUGGGAAAUGUGGCAGGUCGAGGGUGUUUUUAAAGGCAUAAAAUAAUGGCAUUGGGCUGGGUAAAAUAAUAAUUGGGCUUUCUUCUUUUUGCUGAAUGGUCAAUUCCAUUGCCCCGGUAUGGUAUCGCUGUGAGCUGGCAUGGGCCUACACCCCUCAGGUUAAUGGGCCCGUUAAGAGCGACACGUGUCAAUGGCUCAUGAAGCAUUGGUUUCCACUUUUCAAACUUGCAAGAAUUCAUGGUAAGUACUUGCAUUGUAUCACGUACAAAAUUAGUUGUUAACCUGUUAUUAAUGGUGUCGUUAGGUAUCCUUUCAAUUCUCACAGGGGCUUCUUGUUUGCAAAUUGGAUUAGAAAGAUGAACACCCACUUUCCUCCACCUUCAACCAAAAGGCAAAAGGGAAAGGCUUAUCUUUCCGUUGGCUGCUCUCUUUUUCGAGUGUUGUUUCUUCUUUCACUUGAUUUGGGAAAGCUCUGGCCCCCCAUGGUAAUCUUCCUACAUUUUGAACCUUCACCAGAAUGCCGCAACCAUCAGGUCGGAUGGCAAUGAGUCGGGUUGGGGGCGAAUAGUGAAUAUAUGUUACCCUACCAUAGUAGUUCGAGUAUUACCCAUACCCAUACCCACAUAAGAAGCGGGUAGAAAAUCAAAACCAUGCCCAUACUCAUUCGGGUUUCGGUUAUCCGCGGUUAUCCAUGAGUAAAAUUUCUCUUUAUAACUUGAACUAAUAUGUUACAUUCACACGCAUUCUCACAUGACAUAAGAGGAAAAGUACGACAAUAAUUCAUUAGAAUGAAGAAAAUUAAUUAAA